CAUCAGCAACAGCAAAAGCAUCAGCAUCAAGAGCAGGAGCAGAAACAGGAACAGGAUCUUCUAUAGAGAAAAAGAGAGAGAGAGAGAGAGAGAGAGAGAGAGAAAACCUAGCCACCCAGCACAUCCCACAUCCUUGGCAAACAAGUGGAGCAAGGAGCAAGAAGCAACACGGCAACGGCAACGGCAAUAGCAAAAGCCAAAGCAAAACAACUCUCGCUUUGAGGACCUCAAGAAAACCAAUUUACAUAUUUAAGCUUUGGGCAAACGUUGAGCGUUGAGCAGCAACUAACUAGGAGGAGCAAUCAAUAGGAGCCGGGGUAAAAAGGCGAGUGGGCGCCACACGGAAAGAAGCUCAAACCAGACUAAAACCGCAUUAUCAUCAUCAUCAUCAUCAUCAUCAUCAUCAGCAGCAGCAGCAGGAGAAUCAUCGAGGAGAGGAGCAUCGUCAUCCGGCGAAUCAAAGGCCAGUUAGCUGCGACACCUUCUCCGCCAGCGCCAGAAUGCGACUGCCAUAUCGAAAUAAGAAGGUCACCCUGUGGGUGCUCUUCGGCGUCAUCGUCAUCACCAUGUUCCUAUUCAAAUUCACCGAGCUGCGGCCCACGUGCCUCUUCAAGGUGGACGCCACCAACGAGCUGUCCUCCCAAAUGGUUCGCGUUGAGAAAUACCUCACAGAUGACAAUCAACGCGUUUAUUCAUACAACCGUGAGAUGCCAUUAAUAUUCAUAGGCGGCGUGCCGAGAUCUGGGACGACUUUGAUGCGCGCCAUGCUGGAUGCCCAUCCCGAUGUGCGCUGCGGGCAGGAAACGCGCGUCAUUCCACGCAUCCUGCAACUGCGCUCGCACUGGCUGAAGUCCGAGAAGGAGUCGCUCCGGCUGCAGGAGGCCGGCAUCACCAAAGAGGUCAUGAACAGUGCCAUCGCGCAGUUCUGUCUGGAAAUCAUCGCCAAACACGGCGAGCCGGCGCCGCGCUUAUGCAACAAGGAUCCGCUAACGCUCAAAAUGGGCUCCUAUGUCAUCGAGCUAUUUCCGAACGCAAAAUUCCUGUUCAUGGUGCGCGACGGCCGGGCGACAGUUCACUCGAUUAUAUCGCGCAAGGUGACAAUCACCGGCUUCGAUUUGAGCAGCUACAGGCAGUGCAUGCAGAAGUGGAACCACGCCAUCGAGGUGAUGCACGAACAGUGCCGGGACAUUGGCAAGGACCGCUGCAUGAUGGUGUACUAUGAACAACUGGUCCUGCAUCCGGAGGAGUGGAUGCGAAAGAUCCUUAAAUUCCUGGACGUGCCGUGGAACGAUGCGGUGCUGCACCACGAGGAGUUCAUCAACAAGCCGAACGGCGUUCCCCUAUCAAAGGUGGAACGGUCGUCGGACCAGGUCAUCAAGCCGGUGAACCUGGAGGCGAUGUCCAAGUGGGUGGGCCAGAUACCCGGGGACGUGGUGCGCGAUAUGGCCGACAUAGCGCCCAUGCUGUCCGUGCUCGGCUACGAUCCGUACGCGAAUCCGCCGGACUAUGGUAAGCCAGAUGCAUGGGUGCAGGACAACACGUCGAAGCUAAAGGCCAAUCGAAUGCUGUGGGAGAAUAAGGCCAAGCAAGUGCUGCAGAUGUCCAGCGAGGAUGACAACCUCAACACGAUUAUAAACAAUAGCAACAAUAAGGAUAACAACAAUAAUCAGUACACAAUCAAUAAAAUUAUACCAGAACAACGCGGCAGACAGCAGCAACGGCAACAUCUACAGCAGCAGCAGCAGCAUCUGCAACAUUUGCAACAGCAACAGCAACAACAACAGCAACAACAACAGCAACAGCAACAACAACGGCAACAUGGGCAGCAAAAGGAUGAGGGAACCGAGGAGGAAAGGGAACCGGAACCGGAACGAGAACAACAAUUGUUGCAUCAAAAGCCAAAGGAUGUCAUUACGAUAAAGCAGCUGCCAUUAGCUGGCAACAACAAUAAUAACAACAACAACAACAACAAUGAGGACCCCAUGGCGGAUACAUGAUAUCCGCACAUACCCAUAAGACUGCCGCGUGGCAAGCAUUGAACCUGGUAUCCUGGGAACCCGGCUGCCGAUAAGGAUAACGACAAUGAUAACUGUUGCUCUAGUUGCUGCUGCAAAAGCAAAAAUAACUUUAAGUUGUAUUAGCUGGGGACAUUUACAUUUUUUAUAUGUGUAUACGCAUAUAUGAUGUAUUUGUAAUAAUGCUUCUUAAAUUCACCAAAAAAAAAAAAACAAAAAACAACCAAAACAAAAAAAGAUAAGUCGUUAAGCCUCCGCAGAACGUUUCGUGACGAAGAGACUCAAAGUUGCAGGGAGAAAUGCCAAUUUAAAAGCCACCCUUUCCCCUUAAUCCGUAAUGAUUUAAUUUAUGCCUUAAUAACUCUUAACUGGAUUUACCUUAAUGCGGCUGGGCGUUGAAUUAUUAAAAUGAUUGUGCAAUGAUUUACUUCAUUUGGCCCAUUUAAAUGGGCAUUGCUAUACCUACUACCUUAAUUACCAGCAAAUCGCGUACAAACGAUAAGCGGCUUUACUAAAAACCUAUCAUUUAAUUUAAGCCUUGACCUAAUGCGAUUCAUUUUAAGUUUAAUGCGACUAAUAUCUAAUUUUUUUUUGUUAAGUCGAACGGAUGGCAUUCGUUUUUCCCUCGGCAUCUUACAGUCAAGAAACGGACUGUGUGCCCAAUUCUAAAUGAAUGUGUUGCAAAAAAAAAAAAGAAAACCACCAAUAGAAGCUGAAGAAAGAACAAGGAGUUGUUGCAACGAUGCGGAUGCAGGAAAUCCGUUGCAGCCACUCGCCGACCUCCUUUACGAUAUAAAAACAAAAUUUCUUCAUUUAGUUUAGACAUCUUUUUAAGCCCUUUUUUGUACGAAUGUUUUUUGAGAGACUCGUGUCGGUUUAUCACUUAGAAAGUUUUUUUUUUUUACCUGUAAUUGUGUAUAUAAAAUAUAUAAAUAUGUUUAUUGCGUUUCCCACGUAUCGAAUGAAUCUCUAGCUGAACUUGGUCAUUGGGCUCUAGCAACCCCAACAUGUUUUCUAUGGGAUAUAUGAUGAAUAUAACUAUAAGCACUGUUUAUAGUUUGCAAAACGGUAGAGCAAAACAAAACGAAAUACAUUAGAAGUGUUACAUUUUUAACGGAAAGAGCUUUUAAGAUGUUUAGUUAAAUAACCAUAAUCGCAUAUUAAAUAUUUGCUGCUGAUGACAAAAGAAAAAGACGUGAACUAGUAUAGAAUAUAUUACAUUUUUGUAAACUUUUUUUUGUGUUGCAAUAAAAUGACUGAAUGUAAAGAAAACCAAUCUAAAUAAACCAUAUAUAAAUAUAUAUAAAUGUAUAACUUAAACUGAAUGUCUAAAUGUAUAUGAAAGUUGUAACAGAUUUUAAAUGUAUAUGUGUGCGUGCAUGUGAGGGAAGAAGAAGCGAAGUUAGCUAAGCUAAAUUUUUUGGUCUAGGAAAUUCACUUGGAGUUCAAAUAACUGAAUUAAAAACGUAAUUGUUUUAACAACUAAUUGAGAACGGUAAUAGAUAGCAGCUUUUUAACAGACUGUACCUAUUUUUUAAGUCCAAAAGGGACAGUAAAACUUAACAUUUUGAGCAAACUGUACUUUUGUUGAGAAACCUUUUAGUUUUAAUCAGUUAUUUGAAUUUAAAGUGGUUUUUACUUGGUUAUAACCAUGUUUUUUUUAGCAAGGAAGAUGUCCUUACACACCGACAGACACUCACACAGACACACGAGCCCUGUCCGUCCUAACUGCUGUGUGUGUGUGCGAACAGGAUGGCUAUAUAAUGUACUUACUUGCCGUUAGCUUUGCGCUUGAAAAAGUCUCUGAAUGUUUGUGUUUUUGUUUAAUUUCAAGAAAUGAAAUAAGAAUUGCUGACAAUAAAUAAAAAAAAUUAUUGCUUAGAGGAAAUUGAAGUUUAUUUGAUGGCGGUGAUGUGAAAUCCUGCUUGCUCGCUAAUAGCUAAGAGAAUAAAGGGAAAAGAAAGUCAAACAUAAGGGAGAAAAGUUUAUAUAAAUGUGUUUUUGUGUAGUCACAGUGCGUUUUGCAACCACAAAACUAUUCAGUUUUGUGAUUGGGAAACGCAUUGAAUAUGUGAACUAUAUUUAAGUAUAGAUGUGGUAAAUGUGAAACGUAAACUAUUUUUGCUAGCUUUUAAGAUGCAUUUUUUGUCUUAAUUUGACCCGUGUAUCUAAUAUGUAUAACUCUUUAAAUAUACAUGUACUAUAUAUAUAUUGUAAAUUUUUUUGUUUGUGGAAUUGCUGCAGUUAGGACAGGAAUCCAGACAUUAAUGUUGAGAAACUGACGAUCUACUUGCAGCUGACAGACAAUCAGAGCUCAAAGAAUCUAUAAAUUACACUAUUCAGCACCCUCCCAAUACCACAAAAAUUACGCCCACCCCUCGAGCCCAAAAAUAAAUGGAACCAUAAAUGUAUUUAGCCAAUUGUAAUCCACGAAUAUAAGUUUACUGUACGCUGCAAAGAUCCGAUAUGGAAACGAAUUAAUUCUAAUCAAAUUUCGUACCCUAAGAAAUUGUACAAUAUUGUAUUAAUAACAACAUCCCGACAACCGAUAAAUAAAGAAUCGACAAACAAAA